UUCUCGUAUUGUCCUGGACUGUUUUAAUGUAGAGUUACCAGAUUUAUCUCUCAGUUGCAGCACUGUCGAGUACAGAUAAAAAGAAAAGAAGUGUGUCAAGUCCAGAAGAUACCAGGAAAACUCGUCAGUGGGGAGUUUUUUUUCUUUGCACAAACGCGAAUUGGGAUUUAAUGUACAACAUGACUUUUGAGGAACUAAGUGGAGAUUAUUCGCAGGAAAGAAUGGAUACAGUGGCGAAAGCUUUGGAAGAAGUUUUGACCUCAGCUUUGCUACAGGGCUGCAUUACAGUCGGUGUCUACGAGGCUGCUAAAUCUCUCAACGUAGACCCCGAUAAUGUGGUUUUAUGUAUCCUGGCAACCGACGACGACGACGUUAAAGACGUGGCCCUGCAGAUCCAUUUUACGCUCAUUCAAGCUUUCUGUUGCGAGAAUGACAUCAACAUCCUGCGAGUCAACAACACCAGGCGCCUGGCAGAGAUCCUGACCGGAGGAGGAGGUGGGAAGCAGGCUGGGGGAGAACCUAUGGAUCUACACUGUGUUCUUGUUACUAGCCCACAUUCCACCUCCUGGAAGGACCCUGCUUUAAGCAAACUCAGCCGAUUCUGCAGGGAGAGCCGCUGCUUGGACCAGUGGGUCCCCAUCAUCAAUCUGCCUGAGCGAUGAACAUUCCAGCUGCAUAAACCUGUCCAGAAAGGAAUUUAAUCUGCACAGGACGAGUGGUGUGAACCCAGAUGGACACAUAUUACCUCCCAGGGAUCAAAUUCUGAAGCACUGCUCAUUGUGGGGCGGGAGAAAAAAAAGCAGGAAGAAAAACCCUGCUGUCAGCAUUGGAUGUAUUUAAAAGAAAAAAAGCAGGGGGUUAAAGUUUCCACUUUGGAUGGGGCUGUUUGGAGCUGCGUCUGUCAGCUUUUGCAUCUGUGAUGAGAUGAGCUUGCGCCGUAAUGGAUUGGAGAUG